CUUGAUUAGGAUGAAAUGCUUUCCAGCCCAAGUAAUACCUAAGCCUCAUCCUGGAUUAGAGAUUUACAGAUUACUGACAAGUGUUGCUCGCUCAAGUACUCAGCCUGAAGUCAACCAUAACAACUCAAUAUGGCUCACUAUCGUAUUAUAAUCUGGAAUAAUGAACAGAAACUUGCCUUGUAUGGACUAUCUUGAGGAACAGGUGUAAAGAAGAGAAACAAAAAAGAGGACUAUUGGUUAUGGACAGGGCUGAUGCAUUGCUGAGACUACUGUUCGAUUGGCAUGCUGAUAAGACAGAGACGCAUCACCUGAGAAGCAUCCGAGGUUUAUUAAUCAAGUAGUGCAGCAAUGAAUGAAUCUCCAGAAAUAACAUCGCUGUCAUUGGACAUGUGUCCACCAUCUCCCUCUUGGAAGUCCCACAAUCCUGGCUGGAUGCCCUGCUCAACUCAUAAGACCCUCACCCAGUCCGUGAUGUCAUCACCCAAAUUCUGUCAGAAAGCUUCAAUAGCUUGCUUAGCAGAGGAAUUCUUUUGGAUUGGUGGAAGCCUUGUUGCAACACCGACAUGGAGAAUAGGUCAAAUUGUUGAGAAGUGCAUAUGCACUAUGCAGAAAGGCACACAGAUGAUCAAACUCAAAGGAAAGUCCAAAACACUUGUACGUGUUUACAACUUGGAUGAACACAGGUCUUGUAUCCGCUGGAGGCCAUCCAGGAAGAACGUGAAAGCCAAAAUCACUAUAGAUUCUAUCCAUAAAGUUUGUGAAGGUAAAAAUACAGAGGUCUUCCAGCACUUCUCUGGUAGUCACUUUGAUCCUAACUGCUGCCUCAGUAUUUACCACGGUAUCCAUAUGGAAUCCCUUGACCUGGUGACCACAAAUGCUGAGGAGGCACGUACCUGGAUCACUGGCCUUAAAUACCUUAUGGCAGGCAUCAGUAAUGAGAACAGUCUCACAAAGAGACAACGAACUCAAGAUCAAUGGUUGAGGCAGACCUUUUCAGAAGCAGACAGAAACGGCAGUGGGAAACUGAGUAUUCGAGAAGUCCUGCAACUUCUCCACAAGCUCAACGUCAAACUUCCUAGGCAGAAAGUCAUGGAAAUGUUUAAGGAGGCUGAAACAAAUCAUAACCAGGGAUCUUUAAAAUUUGAAGACUUUUACACCUUGUAUAAGAUGAUUUCAGCCCGCCAGGAGCUUCAGUUAAUAAUGCUCACCUUCAGCCACUACAAAGACCACAUGGACAUCUAUGACCUUAUCGGCUUCCUAGAGAGUGAGCAGAAGAUGGUGAAUGUGUCAAGGGAAUACUGCCAAAUGAUUGUGAACCACUUUGAGGCACGCCCUGAAAAUCAAGUACAGAUGGUUUUGGGAAUCGAUGGCUUUACCAACUACAUGAUGAGUCCAGCAGGAGACAUCUUUAACCCAGAGCACUACAAGGUGAACCAGGACAUGACACAGCCUCUGACAAACUACUACAUUGCUUCCUCUCACAACACGUACCUGACAGGAGAUCAGCUGCUCUCACAAUCACGGGUGGAUAUGUAUGCCUACGUGCUGCAGGCUGGCUGCCGCUGUGUGGAAGUUGACUGCUGGGAUGGUCCGGAUGGAGAGCCAAUUGUGCAUCAUGGCUACACUUUUACUUCAAAAAUCCUCUUCAGAAAUGUUGUUGAGACAAUCAAUAAAUAUGCCUUUGCAAAAAGCCAAUACCCUGUGAUAUUAUCCAUAGAGAAUCAUUGCACUGUGCCUCAGCAGAAAAAGAUGGCUCAGUAUCUCAUUGAAGUGCUGCAGGACAAGCUGGACUUGUCAAACAUUAAUGUGAAUGAAAUGCAACAACUUCCUUCACCUGAGGUCCUCAAAGGGAAAAUUCUUGUCAAGGGUAAGAAGCUGCCCUCCAAUAUUGAUGCUAAUGCCGAAGAGGGGGAUGUGUCUGUGUCUGAUGAAGACAGCAGAGAUGAGGGUAGUGCUAGAGAAGAAGACACUGGUGAGGAAUUAAAGAAACACUUGAGGAAAUCUUUCAUGGGCAGCUUCAGAUGCAAGAAACAAAAAUGUAUGAAAUUGGAAGAGAGUGACUCGGACACAGAUGAGGAUAUUCCCAAAUAUAAUCAAAACAAAGUUAUCAACUAUGGCAAACGGAGGAAAACAAUGAGGCUUGCUCGGGCCCUCUCAGACCUGGUGAAAUACACAAAAUCAGUGCAAGUCCAUGAUAUUGAAACUCAAGCAUAUUUGUCCAGCUGGCAAGUGUCAUCCUUAAAUGAAAGCAUAGCCAACCAGAUCAUGGAGUUUAAGCCAGGCCAGUUAGUAUGUUUCAACCAGCGGCAACUUCUCCGCAUCUAUCCUUCUAACUACCGCAUUGACUCCAGCAACUUCAACCCUCAGCCAUUCUGGAACACAGGAUGCCAUUUGGUCGCACUUAACUACCAAACAGAAAGCCGCAUGCUGCAACUUAACAGAGCCAAAUUUGCUGCCAAUGGAAAUUGUGGAUAUGUACUGAAACCUAAAUGCAUGUGGAGAGGUGCCUUUAACCCAAUGCUGAGUGACCCAUUACCUGAACACAGAAAAACCCAGUUAGUGCUGAAAAUAAUUAGUGGCCAGCAGCUACCAAAACCAAAAUACUUCAUCUUAGGGGACAGAAGAGAGAUCAUAGAUCCCUUUGUUGAAGUUGAGAUUAUUGGUCUGCCUGUUGAUUGCCAAAAGAAGCAAACAAGGAUAAUAGAGGACAAUGGUUUCAACCCCAUGUGGGAGGAGACCUUGGUGUUUAUCCUCCAAAUGCCUAAAAUUGCUCUUGUGCGCUUUAUGGUUUGGAAUGCCAAUCCAAUCUGGCGAGACUUCAUCGGGCAAAGAACAAUAGCUUUUAUGAGCAUUAUGCCUGGAUAUCGUCAUGUCUAUUUAGAGGGUAUGGAGGAGGCAUCAAUCUUUGUUCAUGUUGCUAUCAAUGCCAUCACUGAAAAGGUGGGUGUUAGCAUUUAGUCAAACUCAACCUUCACCAUCUCCUGUGUUCCCUGUUUUUGUCAUUUAGAGGUUUUGACAUCAAUAUAUUAAUGCACUAAGAAGAAAAUCAUAGGUGCCACAACUCCAGUCCAGAAGACCCUUACUGUUAUGAGCAGACAUGUUCUACACAACCAAAGUGAAUCAUCUCCCUAAGAAUCACCACUGAAGAGUAGUCGAUCAUAUGGCAACUCAAGACAAGGCUCUUCUUCUCUAACAACCCCUUGUCAUAACUUCUGAACAGAUGUAGCAUUGAAAUAGUCUCUAAUCCUAAACCAUGGUCACUCUGUUUCACAGGAAAAUUCUGUAACUAAUAAUCAAAACCUUCCUGACACUAACUCCAGCAGUCAAGACAGUCUGGACAGCUUUGACAUGAGCUCCCUUUCUACUUCUCCCUGUCUACUUCUUUGCAUGACCAACAGCAGUUGAACACUGUGAGUUCGCAUCAGAGAGAGAUGAAUGCACUGUUUGAACCAAAGAUGAUUGAGCUUCAUUGUCACUAUCUCUGUGGAAAGUCUUAUAUUUUUACUACCACUACACAUGCUUGUACAUUAGUAUAUUGAUGUAUUAGUAUAUUUUAGAACAAGUAAGUUUGCUCUAUUUGUAUAGUUUUAAAAUGGAUUAGACACAUUAUUUUAUGUGGUAUAUCGAUGGUCCAUAUUGUAUGUAUUUGUGUUUUAGAUCACUCAACAUUAUUGAAAAAUGUACAGAAGGUGAAGGAGUGGACUUACCGACUGAUCCAAAUGGUUGAAGUGAUUAUUAUGUUUAAUUGAAACGGUAUACCAUCCUUACAUCAUCCACUGCCGCUAUUAAUGUAAAGUUCAGUAUGUAACUAAUUCUGCUUAGAGUGGAAGCAGUGAUACUGUAAAUCAGUAUAUGAAAUAACGUUAGUUUAAUACUUUGUUAAUUUAUGCUUAUUUACUUCAUUAUACAACAAUGUGCAUGACCCUCAGCCUCACUGGUCUUUACGUAAUAUUCUAUAAUAUGUAAGUGUGCAGAUAUACUGAUUUUAAUUAUAUUAUUUAAAGUAGAGUCUUUUAGCUACAGUAUAUGUUGUUACAAUUGUUCUGUGCUUUAAUUAAUUCUACCUGAUUUUUAUUGUAUCUCACUUUUAAAAUGUCCAAUGCCAACUUUUAACUGUAUAUGGUCACUUUUGACAAACACUUCUAUGAAAUGGUUUGAAACAUAUGCAAUACUAUACUAGUACUGCCAAUAGAAGGCUGAAGUUCA